AUGAUUACGAUAGACGAAGUUGUACCAGUCAAUAACUCUUUACUAGAACAAUAUUUGUCGACUGAUCCAGAGAGACGUGAAAAAUUAGUUUCAAAUGUUGUUGUUCGAAAAGAUAAGAUUACAGAUUCACGAGAUAUGAAUCAAAGUCCAGUUGGUAAUUUCAAUGAUGACGAGUUUUUGGAUAUUGUAGUUGCAAAUUAUGGUUCUCAUGAUAUAAGUGUUUUAUUUGGAAAUGGUCAUGGAACAUUCUCAUAUCAAACAUCAUAUUCAACAGGCAAAUUGUCUUAUCCUUAUUUUGUCAUAACAAAUGAUUUCAAUGAUGACAAUCAACUAGAUAUUAUAGUUGCCAAUUUUGGAACUAAUUCUUUAAGUAUGUUUCUUGGAAACAUCAAUGGACUUUUCGAUACUCAGAUGAUAUUCUCAAUGGAUAAUUCUCGACCAUUGUCAAUGGCUGUAGGUAAUUUCAAUAAUGACACGCGAAUAGAUAUUGUAGUUGCAUAUUAUGGAACUGAUGGUAUAGGAAUACUUCUUGGAUUGAACAAUGGAACGUUUACAUCUCCAAUAAAAUAUUCUACUGGUUAUGAUUCUAAUCCAUUAUCAAUAGUCGUUGGUGAUUUCAACAAUGACAAUCGACAAGAUAUUGCAGUUGCUAAUUUUGGUACCCAUAAUAUAGGGGUGUUUCUUGGAUAUGGAAAUGGGACGUUUCAAAGUAUAAAACUAUAUUCGACAGGACUUAAUUCACGUACAUGUUCAAUCGCUACCGCAGAUUUUAACAAAGAUAAACGAUUGGAUAUUAUUGUUGCAAACUCUGGAACAGAUAAUGUAGGGAUUUUCUUAGGGUGUGGAGAUGGAACAUUUAAAAAACAAAUGACUCUUUCAACUGGCAUGGGUUCUAGUCCUCACUAUAUUAUGAUAGCAGAUUUUAAUAAAGAUAGUUUUUUAGACAUGGCAGUAGCCAACUCGAAUACUAACAAUGUUGGUGUAUUUCUAGGAUCUGAUAACGGAACAUUUGAUAGUAUGAAAGAAUAUUCUACUGGUUAUCACUCUACUCCACAAUUUGUCAUAGCUGGAGAUUUUAACAAUGACAAUCAAAUCGAUAUAGUUGUGGCCGACAAUAGUUCUAAUAGUGUUGGUGUACUUUUAAAUAAUCCAUUGAUUAACUUUCAAAGUCCAGUGACUUAUUCUACUGGUAAUUAUUCAAGACCAAUCUCUGCCUAUCUUGGUGAUUUCAAUAAUGAUAAUCUUUUGGAUAUUGUUGUUACUAACUAUUGGACUCAUACUGUUGGAAUAUUAUUAGGGCUUAAUAAUGGAAUAUUUACAAGUCAAAUAACCUUUUUAAAAGGUAAUUGGUCUUAUCCACGGUCUGUAGCAGUGAGCGAUUUUGACAAUGAUAAAAACAUUGAUAUCGUAGUCGCUAAUUCUGGUACCGAUAACAUUGCAGUUUUAUUGGGUCUAGGCAAUGGAUUGUUUGCUAAUGAAAUUAUUUUUGAAACAGGCAUCGGAUCUCAACCAAUGUUUGUAGCUAUCGGUGAUAUUAAUAAAGACAAAAACAUGGAUAUCGUAGUUGCUAAUUAUGGAGCAAACAAUAUUGGUAUUUUAUUGAGUUUUGGUAAUGGAAGUUUUUCAAAUCAAAUAAUUUUUGAAACAGGCAACCGUUCUAAUCCAAUUUUUGUUGCUCUUGGUGAUGUUAACAAUGAUAACCAUUUAGAUAUAGCUGUCGCUAAUUACAAUACACACAAUAUUGGUAUACGAUUAGGAUACGGUAAUGGGUCGUUUGACAAUCAAGUGACAUAUUCAGUUGGAGAGCUAGCAUAUCCGACAUGUGUCACUAUUGUCGAUUUAAAUAACGAUGAUCAAAUGGAUAUUAUUUCAGUUAGAUCAUUGAGAGAUACUUUAGCUGUCUUUUACGGUACUGGCAAUGGAUUAUUUGGACGUUUUAUCACUUAUUGGACUGGACUUGCUACUUUACCAGUCUCUGUUGUUGUUGGAGAUUUUAAUAAUGACAAAUUACCGGAUAUCAUAAUCGGAAACAAUAAUACUAAUUAUUUAAGUAUAUAUCAAGGAAUGGGUAAUGGUGUUUUUUCUGGUUUGAGGGGGUAUGGGAUCAGUAGUUCUCCUGAUCAAAAUUUCAUUAUCCUCGGUGAUCUUAAUAAUGAUAAUCAGUUGGAUCUUGUUGUUGUUGAUUACAAUGGAAAUUCUGUAAAAGUUCUUCUCGGACAUCCUAUAUUUGCUUUCAGUAAUUCAAUAGACUUCUCAACAUCUUAUGCCUUUCAACCAAUAUCAUUAGCAAUUGGUGAUUUCAAUCGAGACGGUCUGAACGAUAUAGGAGUAUUAAAUUUUGAUAGUAAUAAUGUGAAUAUAUUCUUUCAGUAUGAAAACGAAACUUUUCUUAUGGAACAUACCCUCAUUACUGCAGGUAUUUCUCGUCCGACGGCAAUGGUCACUGUUGAUUUUAAUAAUGACAGUAUUCUGGAUUUGGCCAUUGCUAAUAGUGGCACUAACAACAUAAAAUUAUUCUUUGGGUAUGGAAAUGGAAGUUUUCAAGAAACACAAACAUAUUCUACUGGUUCUGGAUCAAUACCAAACUCUUUAGUUGUUGCUGAUAUUAACAAAGAUAAUCGAUUGGAUAUUGUUGUUGCUAACUUUGAAGCUUACAAUAUUGGUGUACUUCUCGGAUUUGACAGUGCAAAUUUUACACAACUUCCAUUCUCAGUUAUUUAUUCAAGUUUUCGACAAAAUUUAAAACAUUUUAUCAUCAAUGAUUUCAACAAUGAUCAAAAACCUGAUAUUGUCUUUAUUGAAAGUAAAACAAACAUGAUCGGUAUAUUUCUUUCAUAUAGUAAUGGAACACUUUCAAGUCUACUAAAAUAUUCCAUUGCAUCAGAAUCUCAACCAAGUUUUGUAGCUGCUGGUGAUUUUAACAACGAUAAUCAAAUGGAUAUUGUUAUUGCUAAUAAUGGUACUAAUAAUAUUGUCAUCUUAUUGGGUUUUGGCAAUGGUUCAUUUGCAAAUCAAAUAAUUUAUUCAACAGGCAUUGAAUCUCAACCAAAAUCUAUAGCAAUAGGUGAUUUAAAUAAUGAUAAAAACAUGGAUAUAAUAGUAGCUAAUUCUGGUAGUAAUAACAUUGGCAUUUUCUUAGGUCUUGGGAAUGGAACAUUUAGAAAUCAAAUAACUUUUCACACAGGUAAUACAUCCAUGCCAACGUGUGUAACAUUGGGUGAUCUGAAUGGUGACAAUAACAUGGAUAUAAUUGUCGCUAAUAAUGGUACUAAUAGCAUUGGUAUUUUCUUAGGUUUUGGCAAUGGUACAUUUGUAAAUCAAAUAAAUUUUUCAACAGGCAAUAGGUCUAAUCCAAUCUAUGUUACAAUUGGUGAUUUGAACAAUGAUAAUCAACUGGAUAUUGUUGUCAUUAAUAAUGCUAAUGGUAUUGUUGGUAUCUAUUUAGGAAAUAAUAACGGGACAUUUACAAGUCGAACAAAUUGGUUAAUUUCUACUAGGUCUCAACUUGUUUCCAUGUGUAUAGCUGAUUUUAACAAUGAUAAUUGUCUGGAUAUUGCAGUAGCUGCUAAUUAUGAUAAUGCAAUUUAUAUGCUCUUUGGUGACGGAACAGGUGGUAUUGUCCAUCAAAUGCAAUUCUAUCCUAAUGAGUUUUAUAAUCCGCAACACGUGGCAGUUGGGAAUUUUAAUGGAGAUGAUCAUUUAGACUUAGUUGUGAUCGAUUAUUUUCGAAUCUAUAUAUUUUUUGGAUCUGCUAAUAAAAUUUAUCUGGACAUAGUAACUUAUCCAACUGGAAAUAAUUCAUUUCCGACAUCUCUUAGUCUUGGUGAUCUGAACAAUGAUAAUCGACUUGACAUUAUCGUUGCAAAUUCAGGUACCGAAAAUAUUGGUAUAUUUCUUGGAAAAGAGCAUGGUAACUUUGAAGUUCAGAUUCAACUAUCUACUGGAAGAUUUUCGAAGCCAUAUUCUCUGGCUGUUGGUGAUUUCAACCAUGACAAUCAUUCUGAUAUUGUUGUAGCUAAUAGUGGCACAGUAUUUGAAUAUCCUAAACAUGAACCCAGAUUUAAUUUAUCAUGCUGA